AUUGUGCUCGGUCUAGUCCAGUUUGGUUUCGUUGUGACCUACCUGUCUGAGCCGCUGGUCCGAGGUUACACCACAGGAGCUGCCAUCCAUGUCAUCGUGUCCCAGCUCAAAUACACCUUUGGCAUCAGUCCUGUGAGAUACAAUGGACCCUUUUCGUUGAUAUAUACUGUGUUGGAGAUAUGCUCUCUCAUCCCGCAGACAAAUGUUGGAACUCUUGUGGUCAGCAUUGUAGCUAUAGUUGGACUCAUCCUCACUAAGGAGCUUAAUGCAUACUUGAGUAAAAAACUGCCUGUUCCCAUACCUGUGGAGCUGCUUGGUGUUAUUAUUGCAACAUUGGUGUCUUGGCAAGUUAACUUGGAAGACAAAUAUGGAGUGGAUGUGGUCGGACUGAUUCCCUCAGGUCUCCAGCCUCCUGUUUUCCCAGCAGCCUCUCUGUUUGGUCAGGUGAUCGGGGAUGCCUUUGCUCUGGCCGUGGUUGGCUAUGGCAUUGCCAUCUCACUAGGACGAAUCUUUGCCCUGAAAUAUGGAUACAAGGUGGACAGCAACCAGGAAUUAAUUGCCCUGGGUCUGAGUAACUCCAUUGGAGGGAUUUUCCAGUGUUUUGCCAUCAGCUGCUCCAUGUCUCGUACAAUGGUUCAGGAGAGCACAGGCGGGAAGACUCAGGUUGCUGGGGCUCUUUCAGCUAUAGUUAUCCUUGUCAUCACACUCUGGAUUGGAACUCUUUUUGAAGAUUUGCCGAAGGCAGUGCUGGCCGCCAUCAUUUAUGUCAACCUCCAUGGCAUGAUGAAGCAAUUCAUGGAUAUCCCUGCACUGUGGCGGAGCAACAAAGUAGACAUGGUGAUCUGGGUGGCCACCUUCAUCUUCACUGUACUAUUUAACCCUGACCUGGGACUGGCUGCUUCCAUUGGUUUCUCUAUGCUCACUGUUAUCUUCAGGACACAGCUACCUAAAUACUCCAUAUUAGGGCAGGUCCCGGACACAGAUAUUUACAGGCCACUGGAGGACUACAAUCAGGUAUGACACAUUAUAUUGAUAUAUUAU